AUGGAUGUUGUAUCCAUGGGGAUUGUGAUGAUGUCGCGGAUGUGGAUGCUGAGAUGGGCCAUACUACUGAUGGGGCUGAAGUCAACAAAAGCAGACUUUAUGCCAGAUUAUGCAGAUGGUAUGGAAGAUCAAAUGGACUUUCAGUGGGCGACAAUAACAGCUGAACCAAAUCCCGAUCAUCAGUCCACGGUCUGCAGCACAUGGGGAAAUUUCCACUUCAAGACCUUUGAUGGUUAUUUCUUUCAACAGCCAGACACGUGUAACUACGUUCUGGCUGUGAUGUGUGACAUCACAUCUUCUGAUUUUAACAUCCAAAUGCAAAGAAAGACAGAAAAUGGCUUAAUCACUUUCAGCAAAGUCUCAAUAAAGCUGGAGGGGACAGUCAUCAAACUCAGUAAUGACAACAUCACCAUGGACGACCAAGUGGUGUCUAUUCCGACCAAUCAGAAUGGAGUUAAAAUCGAGGGAAGCCCAUCAAGUCUUAAAAUCUCCAAGCAUGGAGUGACUGUCUUUUGGGAGAAAGACCACUCUGUAUCGGUAUGGUGUAACACUCUCUUUUUCUGUCCAAAUAUGAUUACUAUUGAACUUUCUGAGAAGUACCAAGGCCAGGCCUGUGGACUCUGUGGAAACUUCAAUGGCAUCAAGACUGAUGAUAUCGCUGAAAAAGAUCUGUCCACAUGGAACGUGUCUGAAUUUACUGAAACCUGUGAGAAAAUUACACUUCAGCCCAAUGAUCAGUGUGAAAACCAGACAAGCAUUUGUCAGCAGUAUCUCAGCAGUUCGGGGUUUGAUGAUUGCUGGCGUGUGCUGGACAUGAGUUCAUUUGUAAAGGCCUGUGAAAACGACCUGUGUCAAUGUUACGGAAGCCACGACUGUCUCUGCGACACACUCACAGAGAUUUCACGACAGUGCACGCAUGCAGGUGGCAGACCGGGAACAUGGAGAACAGACCAGCUAUGUCCAAAGACAUGCCCAAUAAACAAGGAAUACUUGGAGUGUGGCGGUCCAUGCAAGAACACCUGCUCAGACCCAUCUGGAAGCCUGCUGUGUAAAGAACACUGUGUGGAUGGCUGUUUCUGCCCUGAGG